UUAAGUUGGCAGCUUGUCUUGGACAGGAAGAGAGAAAGAGAGAGAGAGAGAGAGCUCUCUUCUCGCCCACCUAUAUCUCGGUAUCAGACGACAACGACAGCAACGACAACAACAACGACAAAACAACCAUCAACCAGCGAAAGCAUGGCCAGCGUCAACGGGAGCUUUGCCUCGCCGGCAGCAGAUGCGUCUCUUCAUGCCGCCGUCGCCUCGCCGUCCGGCCUCUUCAUGGCCCUCGUCAACAACAUGUCCGGCUGGGGCGCCGUGCUUGCGCUCUUCCUCUUCGCGGUCGCCUACGAUCAAUUUAAAUACAUAUGGCUCAAGGGGUCAAUUGUCGGCCCCCGGUUCAAGAUCCCCUUCAUGGGGCCUUUCCUCGAGUCCGUCAACCCCAAGUUUUCUGAAUACAAGGCAAAAUGGGCCAGUGGAGACCUCAGCUGCGUCUCCGUCUUCCACAAGUUCGUCGUGAUCGCAUCUACCCGUGACAUGGCCCGCAAAGUGUUCAACUCGCCCAUGUACGUCAAGCCCUGCGUCGUCGACUCGGCUCACAAGCUGCUCGGCAAGACCAACUGGGUCUUCCUCGAUGGCAAGGACCAUGUCGAGUACCGCAAGGGUCUCAACGGCCUCUUCACCAGACAGGCAUUGAGCGUCUACAUGCCCCUUCUCGACAGCGUCUACGACAGGUACUUUAGCAUGUUCAUCAAGGAGUCCGCCGACAACAACCACAAGCCAAUCCCCUGGAUGCCGCAGUUCAGAGAGCUCAUGUGUGCUCUCUCCUGCCAGACCUUUGUGGGCGACUACAUGACCAACGAGGCCGUGGUCAAGAUUGCCAACGACUACUACCUCAUCACCGCCGCUCUCGAGCUCGUCAAUUUCCCCAUCAUCCUUCCCUUCACCAAGACGUGGUACGGAAAGAAGGCAGCUGACAUGGUCCUGGCUGAGUUCAGCAAGUGUGCGGCAAAGAGCAAGGUCCGCAUGGCUGCUGGCCACGAGAUCUCCUGCAUCAUGGACGGCUGGGUCAAGGCCAUGCUCGACUCCGCUGCCUACCGUGAAAAGAUCGCCAAGGGCAUCUCUGUGCCUGACGCCGAGAAGCCAAAGCACAUCCUCCGUGAUUUUUCGGAUUAUGAGAUUGCACAGACCAUUUUCACCUUCCUCUUUGCCUCUCAGGACGCAACCAGCAGCGCCUGUACCUGGCUCUUCCAGAUCAUGGCCGAUCGCCCCGACAUCCUCGACAAGGUCCGCGAGGAGAACCUCAAGGUCCGGAACGGUGAUCGCAACGCACCUACCUCGAUGGAACUGCUCGACCAGCUCACCUAUACCCGUGCUGUCGUAAAAGAGACCCUCCGAUACCGCCCUCCAGUCAUCAUGGUUCCCUAUGAAGUUAAGAAGGACUUCCCAGUCACCCCUACCUACACUCUUCCCAAGGGCUCCAUGAUUGUCCCAUCCGUCUGGCCGGCUACCCAUGACCCCGAGGCCUACGAAGACCCGGAAUCCUUCAUUCCAGAGCGAUGGAUCACUGGGACGGCCGAGCAGAACGCAAAGAACUUCCUCGUUUUCGGAACAGGUCCUCACUACUGCCUAGGACAGACUUAUGCACAGCUCAAUUUGAUGGCCCUGAUUGGAAAGGCCAGUAUGGCCCUCGACUGGGAGCACCACACGACCCCCCAGUCCGAAGAUAUCAAAGUCUUCGCUACCAUCUUCCCACAGGUAUGGUGCCGCCUCAGCUGA